AUGCUUCACUCCAAGCCGGCUGAUCAAGGAAGCCUUAUGUGUUUGGUUAGAGACAUCGGAAAAAACGGCCAUGGGCGGAAUCUUCCAGGUGUGGAAGUUCUUGCCAGAGAGGGAGAAACACCAGAAGUGGUCGUGAACGCAUGCACUCUUCAGGAUCACACCACCACUUCAUACCUCAACGAACUCAUCUGCGAUAGUCUUGGUAGCUCUGACACUGAAGAUUCUUCAUCAUUAGGAGCUCCUCCUCCUGCUCUUGAAGUGAGAAACACAAGUAUAAACUUCAAUGAGGCUGAGGUGGCAGUUAGUAAUUCUGUUGAUGCUGGUACUCGGACAGUAGCCAUUAUCAGAGAUAGAGAGAAAGAUCGAUAUGAUCCGGAUUAUGACAGGAGCUAUGACAGGUAUGUUGUGGAUCUCGCAUACAGGUACGUCAGGGUUAUGCCGUCUGAUAACUAA